AUGUGCACGUUGCGCAGUAAACAUUUGUGCCAGAUUCUGGGAAAUUGCCUUAGUCACUCUUAGUUUGAAACCGUCUCUUCCCAAUAUGAAACGGGUUCGGUACUUCAGUCAGGAAAUUUCCCGUUACUCAAUAAAUUUGACAUUCACUCUGUUUAUGAAACCAAUGAGAUGGGUCCCGCCAAAGGCUGGUUCAUGUUUGUUCGGCGUCCCAUUACGUAAGACCAAAGCAUUUGAGAUCUGUCAGCAUUUUUAGUGCCCUAGAGUACUUAAUUCCCUAAGGGGUCUCAUUAACCUUAUUUUCGUAAGAUAGGGUAUGGACUCUACCGGAAGGAACUCACUUCUCAAAUACUUGACUCAAAAAACUGA